CUCGCGAGAGUUUUGUGUAGGACGGUUACCUUUUAGACCCGAUCGAGAAGUUUAGCUCUCUGGCUGUGCUCAGCUACUCAAAAUGACACUAUUAAAGUGUCAGCAUUGUAUUGGAGAGGAUAAAGCAGCAGAGGACACAGAUCAUGUGCAGAAAAUCUUGCCACCCGGCUACAGUCAUCUACUUUGUCAUCAUGAACUGCUGGAAAUGUCGGGGGAUUUUGAGAAUUUCCGAGCGGCUCUUAAGUUGCAGAUGACUACAGAGGAGCAGGUCCAGAAGUGGCUGGAGGACUUCCAGAAGUCCUCAGCUUUAACAUGGAGGAAAUCCAGGACAUACCCUGACUCUGGACGCUACAACAAAUACAGAGUGGAUCUGAGAUGCCAGCACAAAACAUACAGUUCAUCAUCCAAGACAACCAAAAAUACCAACUGCCCUGCCACCAUGUUUCUGAUUCUCAAGAGAUUUAUGUGUGAAAGAAAGUCCAGAUCAGGAGAUCCACACAUUGAAGAGGGCUAUUUCCUUCAUGUAAACUUGAGGAAUGAACAUAAUCAUAGACUGAACACAACUGAGUUCAUGAGAUGGAGAGAUGUGUCGAAUGACACCAUUGAAAAGCUACAACAGCUCUACAAAAGCGGUCACUCUCCUUCAUCUGCACUCAAGACUAUUAAAUACAACCUGCAGGAAGAGGAAGGCGAUAACUACACUUAUGCUGUUGCGGAUCGAUCCAUUUGCCCAGACCUUCAGUUCUGCUACAGAUUAUACCACAAGCUUUUUCAGAAAUCAUGUGCUGAACCUGCAGGGAAGGACAUUUCAGACGAGCUUUUUAAACCCUUAGAGUUGGAGCAAUCAUGGGAGACAGCGGCAAUGACAGCAGAUGGACACACCGCGUGCAUUGAAGAUGGAGUGUCUGUUGAUGCUGUACCAAUCAUCACCACAGAAGCAGAACAUUUCACAGAAGACGAGCCAGGCCCAAGUGCAGCUGAAGAGAUCGUUGGGUCUUUAGAUGGACAGCUUGAGGAGAUUUUUGGGAUGCUGAAAAAGAAGCUGAACGAGGAUGCAAGUUUUACACCGCCUAUAAGAGCUUUUGUGUCCAGUUUCUUUCAGAUAAAGACUGACAGUGCUCUUCAGGCAUCACUCUUUUCCUUUGGUAAGACCACUCCGAUAAUCAAUCAGAUCAAUGUACUACCAGCUACAGGUCCACGGAGGAGAGGGGCUUUGGCUGGACGAAGAGCUGUUGGCAGACCCCCGAAGAACUCAAGAAGAGAGCACCCAUACUGCAACAGCAGAUCCAACAACACUCCCCAAACUCUCACUUUCUGUUUGCAAGACAAUAACACCCUUGAGAAAACAGACUAACCAUAGAGAUCUAAAAACUGUGUAGAGACUGUUAAAUCAAUAAGCCUUGAGAAGCUUGGCAUAAACAUCAUGAAAUCUGAGCAUUACAAGAAGAAAUCAGUGUUUACCCUAUUUACUUUAUAUUUUUGGUCUUGAUGUGCACGAUUCAACAGUGCAUGUUAUAAGAGAAAGCAUUUGUGGUUGUAAUUUUGAUCUUAAUGUAAUCACAGACUCAGGUAUGAAACACCCACAAAUCAACCAAAAAUCUAGUUUUGCCCUAUGUCCCC